AUGGUCCCGCGAGUCUCAUGGUACGUCAGUAUCCCUUGCCCAUCAUCGACCAGCAGAUGGUACUUCUUAUCUCUAACCGUUAGAUUAUUGUUCAGUAGUCUUUGGACUAUCUCCCGAUACCAUUCGUCCGGGAGAUACCUGGUAAAUAAGGACCGCUGCCAUAAUGGUAACAUUGGUCUUCUAUCUCGGUCCUGGUCUGCCGGUCUUCUCGGACGACCCUGCAUAUUCUGGUCAUCCCCACCGCGUGCUGGUCAUCACCAGAUUGACUCUGCCCUUUACCUGACUGCUGCAGAUUUUGCUCAGCGUUGUUCCUUGAGCGAUCUUGACUACCCUGUUCUUGUCGUCUUGAGUUAG